AUGUACUAUCCACCUCACGGUCCUUCUCCAGGACAAGGGCCCCCCCAAUGGGGGUAUCAACAACCUUCCCAAUGGCAGCGGCAGCCCCCGCCUCAGCCCUAUUCCCCUCAGCCCUAUGGUCAUCGACCACAAUCAUCUUAUCCAGGUCCUAGCCAUUCUCCAUAUCCUCCAUCACCUUAUCAUCAAUCUCAGUCGCCCCAAUAUCCUCCUGGUCCUGCCCCGCCCUAUGGUCAUACUCCAUCUCCUCGGCCUCCCUCUCAUCAGUAUAACCUAAGUGCUCCGCAGAAUGGCUAUCAUCGUCCCAACUCCCCGAGUUUGCCCCCGCCGCCCCCACAGGCAUUUCAGCAUUUCGGUGGAGGUGCUCCCUCGAAUUACCAGUUCCAGUACUCGGCCUGUACCGGUUGUCGCAAGGCUUUAUUGAUUGGGAUCAACUAUGCAGGACAGCCUAAUGCGCUCAAAGGCUGUAUUAACGAUGUCACCAACAUGUCUAACUUCCUCACCCAGAGAUUUGGAUAUAAGAGGGAGGACAUGGUGAUUCUCACCGACGACCAACGUAACCCGAUGAGCCUCCCCACCAAAGCUAACAUUCUACGGGCCAUGCAUUGGUUGGUCAAAGAUGCGCACCCGAACGAUUCGUUAUUCAUCCACUUCUCCGGCCACGGAGGCCGUACUCCUGACCUAGACGGCGACGAGGACGAUGGAUUCGACGAUGUCAUCUACCCACUGGACUAUCGGGUAGUCGGCCAUAUUGUAGAUGAUGACAUGCAUGAAAUCAUGGUACGCCCGCUGCGGCCUGGAGUGCGGCUGACGGCAAUCUUCGAUUCGUGCCACUCGGGCACCGCAUUGGAUUUACCGUAUGUCUAUUCGACGCAGGGUAUUCUCAAGGAGCCCAACCUGGCCAAGGAGGCAGCUCAAGACUUGUUCAGUGCGUUCACUUCCUAUGGACAGGGGGAUUUCAGCAGCGUCGCCUCAACUGCCAUCAAUUUCUUCAAAAAAGCAGUCAAUGGAGAGUCCGCCCGUGAGCGCACCAUCAUGACCAAGACCUCUCCGGCCGACGUAGUGAUGUUUUCCGGAUCCAAAGACACUCAGACCUCGGCCGAUACGUUCCAAGACGGACAGGCGCGUGGUGCGCUGAGUUGGGCGUUUAUUAAAUCACUGCAACAGUGGCCGCAGCAGAGUUACCUCCAACUGCUGAACACCAUCCGAAAUGAGCUCGAAGGGAAAUACUCGCAAAAGCCACAGCUGAGCUGUAGCCAUCCUCUCGACACCAACCUCCGCUUUGUGAUGUAA